AUGAAUCCCGAAAUUCCUGGCUUCUAUUAUGACCCUGAGAAGAAGAAAUACUUCAAGAUACAAGCCAACCAUGUUGCGCCACCUGGUGCCCAGUAUUCCCAGGCGUCCGUCAAGCGCAAGCGCAACGAGCAAGAGGAACAAGAGAGACAGGCGCACGUCAGUCAGCGGAUCGCCCGCGAGACGGUCCACAAGCCAAGCUUCCUCCACCACCCUCUCGUCGGUGUGGACAGAGAGAUUGGAGCCCGUCGUGUCUCCUCUUCUGAGCUGCAAGACCGCCAAGCCAGUGUCCACGUAAGCCAGUUAAGGUGCAAGAGGCUUCAUGAUUUUGAGCCGUGGCCUGGGCCUUGGAAUAUCCGCCAUGUGCUGCGGAGUCCUCGCUCGGGUAUCCUAAUCACCAGUGGUGUUCACAGUCACCAAUCUUCCGUCUCGAUCUGCUUCCCCGAUCAUGGCGAAGAGAAGUGGAUUUACAACCAGACCAUGGAGCGGAUACUCUUUCAAGAGCCCUACAGACUAUCAUCAGUCUCUCUUAGCCACACGGGCUAUUUAUUGGCAACAUUUGACAGCGGUCCCGGAGGCGACUCCUUCCUGGCUCCGCGGUUGCUUCCAAACCCAGAUGAGAGUGGUGACUACCGCUGGCCUUCCGAAUUCCUCCACCCCAUCCGCAUCCGCACCUUGCAGACCCUCUGGUGCUCCGCGGCAUGUCCAACCGGAGACAAGGCUCUCUUCGCCAUUGGAACCUCGGACGGACUCCACACCCUCGAGGGCUACAGCAGCCACUGGACGCUCUCGCAGAAGCCCUUCCCCAACGAGAAGGCCAACCAGACCCAAGGCUUCCGCCGUCACGGCAACUCCUCGCACGCAAGCGUGCAGGCGGUCGAGUGGCUCUCCUCGGACGUCAUUGCCUCGGGACUGCGCAACUCGACCGUCUUCCUGUACGAUGUGCGCACUGGCGACACUUCGCUGCGGCUGCAGCAUUCGCAGUCGGUCACGAAGAUCCGGAAGGUGGAUCCGUGGCGGAUUGUUGUUGGAGGCCAUAACUCGGUUGAAAUGUACGACAUCCGGUUCGUAGCCGAGGGCCUCCAACACAAGCCCAAACCCAUGAGCGGCUCGCACAUCUCGACCCGCCCAUAUCUUUCCUUCCAGGACUUCUCGCCCGAGGAGAUCCCGGAUCUCGAUGUGAGCACCGAGUUGGGCCUGUUGGCAUGCGCAUCCAAUGAUAGAAAGGUGCGUCUCUUCUCGCUCAACACCGGCAAGCCUGUGCCCUCGCCGCUCUCGAAGUUUCAUUAUGCCCGUCCCAUCACCGGCGUGUUCUUCGAGCCAACUGAGCCGAUCACGAGCUCGCAGGGUCCGCAGACGCCCAGCUUGCUGGUUUCUGCUGAGGCUUCUGUCGAUCAGUGGGUUUGGUAG